AUGGAUUACAGCUCGUUCAGUGGAGUCCCCAGGUUCUUGACCCGGCCUAAGGCGUUUAUGGUGUCAGUGGGGAAGGAUGCCACCUUGAGCUGCCAGAUCGUUGGAAACCCCAUCCCAGUUGUGAGCUGGGAAAAGGAUAAACUUCCAGUGCAGUCUGGGGGAAGGUUUAAAACCACAGAAGAUGGAGAUCUCUAUAGGCUAACAAUCUAUGACCUGAGCUUGGAGGACAGCGGCCAAUACAUCUGCCGGGCCAAGAACACCAUCGGGGAAGCUUUUGCUGCUGUCAGCAUCAAAGUUGGAGAGGAGACCACGGUGACUGAGUCAGCUCCGUACUUCAUCCAGAAACCCUCCUCCAUCAAAGUCACGCUGGGAGAAGACGCCAUGUUCAAGUGCAAGGUGCAGGGCAGCCCUCCCCUCUCAGUGAACUGGGAGAAGGACGGCAGGUACCUGCGGAACCGCGCCGACGCCGGCCGCUUCCAGAUCGAGUCUGCCGGGGAGUCCAACGCUCUCACCAUCCAGUGCGCCCGGCUGGGGGACAGCGGCACCUACACCUGCCGGGCAGAGAACCUCCUCGGCGCUGCCAGCGCUUCGGCCGCGCUGGUGGUGGAGACGCAGAGCCCCUCCAACCCGGGCAGCAGCGCGCGGUUGGAUGGCAGCUGUGGCAAGACGGCCUCCUUGCUGUCCCACUUGCAGAAGAGGCGGGAGGAGAUCAGGAGGAUGGAUGUCUCCCACGGGAAUCUCGACUCAAUGUCCACCCACCCUUACUCCACGGCGGAAGGGCUGUCUGGCAUGGGCUAUGCCUUGUCCCGGGACUACGAGAGGGCAGCCAAAGGGGGUCGCAAUGCCACCCUCGGCACCUUGACUCGCACCUGCAGCGUGACGGAGGGCAAGCACGCCAAGCUCAGCUGCUACGUGACUGGAGAGCCCAAGCCUGAGAUCGUGUGGAAGAAGGACAACCAGGUGAUUCUGGAAGGGCGGCGCCACGUCAUCUACGAGGACGACCAGGAGAACUUCGUGCUGAAGAUCCUCUUCUGCAAGCAGGUGGACAAUGGCCUCUACACCUGCACCGCCUCCAACCUGGCAGGCCAGACCUACAGCUCCGUCCUUGUCACCGUCAAAGAACCCUCAAUACCCUUCAAGAAAAAGCUGACAGAUCUUGAAGUGAGGGAGAAGGAAUCUGCCACCUUCCAAUGUGAAGUGCCUGUUCCUAGCACAGAGACAGCUUGGUUCAAGGAGGAAACCAAACUCAGGCAGAGCAAGAAAUACAACAUCGAAGAGGAGGGCACCUAUCGCCGGCUCACCGUCCAGGACGUCACUGCAGAUGAUGAUGCUGUCUACAUCUGUGAGAUGAAGGAAGGCAGCAGGACCAUUGCAGAGUUGUCUGUCCAAGGAAACAUCAUCAAAAAGCUGCCCCGGAAGACUGCAGUCUUUGUGAAGGACACAGCCAUCUUCUGUGUGGAGCUGGACAGCGACUGCCAGGACGUCCACUGGCUGAAGAACAAGGAAGAGGUGAAAGCCGGAGACCGCAUCUCCAUCACGCGCUGCGGCAAGCGGCACACCAUGACCAUCCGGGAGUGCAGGAUGGAGGAUGCUGGUGAGAUUGCCUUCCUGGCUGAGGAGAGCAGGACUACCACCCAGUUCACUGUGACCACUCCCAAAAAGCCACCCAGCCAAGCCCCAGCUGACCCUGUGGUGAAAAAUAAAACAGAAACCUCAGUGACACUAGCAUGGUCCCCUCCGAAGACAGACCGUCCCAUCCCCAUCGACGGCUACGUCGUGGAGCGCAAGAAGCUGACUGGCUUCACCUGGGUGAGGUGCCACGAGGCUCCUGUCCCUCUCCCUGAGCUCACAGUCAGCAACCUGGCAGAAGAGGCUGACUAUCAGUUCAGAGUGUCUGCUGUCAACACCUAUGGACAGAGCCCCUACUUGGAGUUCCCAGGGAGCAUCCACCUUGAACCAGUCCUGGCUGUGAAAUGUCCCCUGACAACCAUUGAAGCUGUACCUGGUGGUGAUGCUGUGUUUACUGUCGACCUUACAAAGACCUGUUCUGGCAAUUGGUACCUUAAUGGUAAAGUCCUACAGGAAAGUGAGACCUGCAUGAUGAAGAGAAUCCAAACUACUCACACUCUAAUCAUAAAGAAUGUCACCAAGAACCAUGAUGGAGCUGAAGUGAAAUUUGUUGCAGAUAACAUUGACAGCAGCACCAAGAUGAGAGUGAAAGGUGCUGCAGUGAGAUUUACCAACAAGAGCAGAGAUGUAGAAAAGGUCUCUGCCAGGCUGCGGGAGGAAGCCAAACUUCUGGCUGAGCUUUCAGACACAGAAGCUGCUGUGAAGUGGAUGAAGGAUGGGAAAGAGCUCAAGGCCAGUGACAAAUAUGAGCUUCAAACUGUGGGGAAGAAACAUAUCCUGAAAAUCCACAACACUGCAGCAGAGGAUGCUGGAGUUUAUGAGUGCACCUGUGAAGGGGAUAAAAUGGUCUAUCAGCUUACAGUGAAAGCACUUGCAACCUUCAUAAACAAAGAGAAAAGUGGAGGAAUUGUCAGGGCUGUCACUGGAAAACAGGCUGAAUUUAUUUCUGAGACCUCUGAGGCCAACAUCAUGGUUAAGUGGUACAAAGAUGGCAAAGAGAUCAAAGCCAGCAAGAAAUUCACUGUGGAAGAUAAAGGAAGGUUGCACAAGCUUGUGGCUUCAGCUGUGACAAAAGAAGAUGAAGGAACAUACACGUGCAAAAUAGGAGAUGACACUCUUACUUUUGAUUUAAAAGUCUCAGAUGAAGCUGUUCAUUUUGUCAACAAGCCCAAAAUGCCUCCAGAGGUGUCAGUCAGUCCUUCUGAAACCCUGGAGCUGGUGUGUGAGGUGUCAGCUGCGAGUGGAGCUGUGGUGUGGAAGAAGGAUCACACCGAGGUGAAGCAGGACCAGAGGACAUCAGUCGUCUCCCAGGGGACACACCGCAAGCUCAUCGUCAAGAAGGUGACACAACAAGACCAAGGGAGCUACACCUGUGAAACAAAGGAUGACAGAACAACAUUCCAAGUCAAAGUCAAAGAGACAGAAGAUGUGUUUACAAACAAGGACAAGGUACAAAAGGAGGUGAAAGCUGCACUGACACAAAAUGCCACCCUGAGCUGUGAGGUGGCUCAGGAGAAGACUGAGGUGAAAUGGUACAAGGAAGGGAAACUGCUCACUGCCAGCAAGAAGUUCAAGGUGGAGGCAGAGGGCAAAUCUCGUUGUCUGGUGGUGAGUCAGUUGGAGAAGAAAGAUGCUGGGGAGUACACCUGUGAGGCUGCUGGCCAGAAACUGACCUUCAGGAUUGAUGUCACAGAAGCAGAAGAUGCAUUUAUCAACAAGGAAAAAGUGCAGAAAGAGGUGAAAGCAGCACUGUCAGAAAACACCACCCUGAGCUGUGAGGUGGCCCAGGAGAAGACUGAGGUGAAAUGGUACAAGGAAGGGAAACUGCUCACUGCCAGCAAGAAGUUCAAGGUGGAGGCAGAGGGCAAAUCUCGUCGUCUGGUGGUGAGUCAGUUGGAGAAGAAAGAUGCUGGGGAGUACACCUGUGAGGCUGCUGGCCAGAAGCUGACCUUCAAGAUAGUUGUCACAGAGGCAGAAGAUGCAUUUGUCAACAAGGAGAAGGUGCAGAAAGAGGUCAAAGCUGCACUAUCAGAAAAUGCCACCCUGAGCUGUGAGGUGGCCCAGGAGAAGACUGAGGUGAAAUGGUACAAGGAAGGGAAACUGCUCACUGCCAGCAAGAAGCUCAAGGUGGAGGCAGAGGGCAAAUCUCGUCGUCUGGUGGUGAGUCAGUUGGAGAAGAAAGAUGCUGGGGAGUACACCUGUGAGGCUGCUGGCCAGAAGCUGACCUUCAGGAUUGAUGUCACAGAGGCAGAAGAUGCUUUCAUCAACAAAGAGAAGGUGAAGAAGGAGGUCAAAGCUGCACUGUCAGAAAAUGCCACCCUGAGCUGUGAGGUGGCUCAGGAGAAGACUGAGGUGAAAUGGUACAAGGAAGGGAAACUGCUCACUGCCAGCAAGAAGUUCAAGGUGGAGGCAGAGGGCAAAUCUCGUCGUCUGGUGGUGAGUCAGCUGGAGAAGAAAGAUGCUGGGGAGUACACCUGUGAGGCUGCUGGCCAGAAGCUGACCUUCAAGAUAGUUGUCACAGACACUCAGAAUUUCUCUCUCUUUUCAGAGCCAGAAGUUGUCUUUACAAACAAGGAGAAAGUGCAGAAAGAGGUCAAAGCUGCACUAUCAGAAAAUGCCACCCUGAGCUGUGAGGUGGCCCAGGAGAAGACUGAGGUGAAAUGGUACAAGGAAGGGAAACUGCUCACUGCCAGCAAGAAGUUCAAGGUGGAGGCAGAGGGCAAAUCUCGUCGUCUGGUGGUGAGUCAGCUGGAGAAGAAAGAUGCUGGGGAGUACACCUGUGAGGCUGCUGGCCAGAAGCUGACCUUCAGGAUUGAUGUCACAGAGCCCAAACCUGCCUUUAUCAACCAGGAAAAGGUCCAGAAAGAGGUGAAUGCUGUCCUGACAGAAAGUGCCACCCUCAGCUGUGAGGUGGCAGAGGACACAACCGAAGUGAGAUGGUUCAAGGAUGGCAAACUGCUGGUUUCCUGCAGAAAAUUCAAAGUAGAAAGCGUGGGCAAAACCCGGCGCCUGGUGGUAGAGCAGCUGGAGAAGAGAGAUGCUGGAGAAUACAUCUGUGAAGCUGCAGGCCAGAAGCUCACCUUCAAGUUGGAGCCAACUGAACCAGAGGCUAAGUUUGAGAAGAAAGCUGUCCAGAAAGAGCCUCUUGUUGUUGAAGAAUAUGAAAGCAUCACACUGACGACCUCAGUAACGCCUGAAACCGCUGCAGUGAAGUGGCUCAAGGAUGGAACAGAAAUCAAGGCGAGCAAGAAAUAUGUGAUUAAGAGUGAGGGGGCAUCCAGGACCCUGACAAUCAACCUGGCUGAGGGCACAGACACUGCUGUCUACACCUGCCAGACAAAGAAUGACAAGCAGGAAUUCAAAGUACAGGUGAAAGAAAUCCCAGUGAAGUUUACCAAGAAACUAGAGGCUGUUAAUGCUGAGAUUGGAGGAAGCAUCUCCUUGAGCUGUGCCGUUAGCCACACCAAGGGGAAGGUAGUGUGGCGCAGGAACGGUGUGGAGAUCCGAGCCGGCAAACGCUUCCAGAUCCAGGAGGAGGGACUCAAACGGAUCCUGACGAUAACCGGGAUCCGGGCUGAGGACGAGGGGGAGUACUCCUGCGAGUCCAGGGAUGACAAGAGCUGCCUUACCAUCACCCCCAAACCUCCCAGAGUGGUGAAAUUCGUUACGAGUCUCAACAGCGUGGUCUCUGAAGAAGGAAAAGAGGCUGUCUUCAAGUGCACUGUCUCUCCCAGUGAUGCUGUGGUCACCUGGCUCAGGAAUGGAGUCAAGAUUGAAGCCAGCAAGAAGUAUGUGAUCUCACAGAAGGACACCAACCACAGCCUCACCAUCACUGACCUGACGCUGGAAGAUGCAGCUGAAAUCUCCGCCAGUGCUGAAGGUGUAGAAAGCACAGCCAACCUCAGAGUCCGAGAGGCCUCAAUCUCAUUCAAGAAGAAACUGGAGCCCAGAACAGUUGAAGAAAGAGACACAGUGACCUUAGAGGUAGAGCUGACCAAGCCUGCAGAGGUGAAGUGGAUGAGGAACAGCGUUGUACUGAAGCCCAGUGAAAAAGUAGAGAUCAAAGCUGAGGGAACAAAGCACACCUUGGUGAUCAGGGACAUCUCCUUUGCAGACAGGGGCUUCUACUGCUGUGAGAGUCCUGAUGACAAGACCCAGGCCAAGAUCAAUGUGGAAAUGAGGCAGAUCAAGCUGGUGAAAGGUCUUCAGCCCCUCCAAGUGUCUGAGAAAGGGACUGUCACCUUUGAGGUGGAGGUGUCACACGAGGACGUGGAAGGGACAUGGCAGAAGGAUGGCGUUCGGCUGAAGCCUUCACCCAACAUCAGUAUUGGUGCUCAGGGGAAGAAGCACUCACUGACUCUUUCCUCUGUGACUCUUGAAGAUGCAGGACUCAUCUCAUUCAGAGCAGAAGGCAUUCAUUCCUCAGGGAAGCUCACUGUGACAGAAUUGCCUGUGAGAAUCAGCAAACCUUUGACAGACAUCAAUGCAACUCAGAAGGACAAGGUCACAUUGGAGUGUGAACUGUCCAGGCCCAAUGCAGAUGUUAAGUGGUUCAAGGAUGGGAAGCAGCUCCAGCCAAGUCAACAAGUGGGGAUUGCUUCCCAAGGAAAUAAGAGAAGCCUCAUUAUUCACAAGUGUGAAUAUGAAGACCAGGGGACCUACACGUGUCAAGUAGCUGAAGACAAGACAUCAGCUACACUAAAGAUCCAUGCCCGAGACAUCAAGAUUGUCAAACCACUGGAAGAUGUGGAAGUGAAUGAAUAUGAGAGUGCAUCUUUUGUCUGUGAAAUUUCACAUGAUGAGGUCCAGACCCAGUGGUACAAAAAUGACAACAAGCUGAAGGCUGCUGACAACAUUAGAAUGCGUCAAGAUGGCAAGACCUAUUCACUGACUUACACACGUGUCCAAGUCCAAGAUGCUGCAGAGAUCAAAUUUGUAGCAGAAAAGGCAGAGUCUCGUGCCCAGCUUACUGUGAAAGAGCUGCCUGUGAAAAUCGUGAAGCCGCUGCGGGAUAAGAUCGCCCUUGAAAAGCACCGGGGGUUCCUGGAGUGCCAGGUGUCUCGUGCCAAUGCCCAGGUCAGGUGGUACAAAAAGGAUGUGGAAAUUCACCCCAGUGACAAAUACGAAAUGGUAAGCGACGGAGUCUAUCGGAAACUCAUCAUCAACGACGCGGGCUAUGAAGAUGAGGACACCUACACAUGUGAUGCCUUGGAUGACAAGAGCAGUGCCAGUUUCUUUGUUGAAGAGCAAUCCAUCAGUAUCAUAAAGGAGUUGUGUGACGAGGAUGUGACUGAGCCUGAAGAGGCCACGUUUGAAUGUGAGAUAUCCAUUCCGUCUGUGAAACCUCCCAAAUGGUUUCUACGUGGAGAAGCCUUGCAGGCUGGCAGAAACAUUAUCAUGCAUCAAGAAGGCACCAUCCACAGGAUGACCAUAGUAAAAACCAGUGCCAGCAUGACAGGCACCGUUCAGUUCUCCAUUGGCAAAUCGAAAUCCACAGCAAACCUACUCGUCAGAGAUUGCCACAUACAGAUCACCAGGAAGCUGGAGGACAAGACAGCUCUGGAGCGCCAUUCGGUCAUCUUGUCCUGUGACUUCAGGCCUUCUCCAAAGGUUGUGAGGUGGUUCAAGGACCACACCCCCAUUGAGCCCUCUGAGAAGUACAAAAUCAAGCGGGAGCAGCAUUCAGCAGAGCUCAAGAUUUUGAAGGUGAAGCCUGAAGAUGCUGGUGUGUAUAAGUGCAGGGCUGGAAACGCAGAGACUGAAGCCACACUGACUGUUGAAGCCCGCAACGUAGAAGUACUCAAACACCUGCAGGAUGUGGAAAUUGAAGAGGAGAGUUCUGCUGUCUUCUCCUGCGAGCUGUCUCACGAUGAUGAGGAUGUGGAGUGGUUCCUCAAUGGCACCCUCCUUUAUACCAACAAUUUCAAUGACAUCAGGAAUGUUGGCAACUGCUACAUGCUGACAAUGAAGCAGGUCAAGCCUGAAGAUGCUGGCACAGUGACAAUGAAGUCAGACAAGGUGUCGGAGAGCGUGCGCCUGAAGGUGAUAGAGAAGCCUGCUGUCUUCAUGAAGGCCUUGGAUGAUGUCUUUGGUGAGGAGCGUGGUGUGAUUAAACUGGAGUGUGAAGUCUCCAAAGAAAAGGUCAAACCUGUCUGGAAAAAAGAUGGUGAGAAGAUCACUCCUGGUACCAAGUAUGAGCAGAUACAGACUGGGAAGACCCUGUGCCUCCUUAUCCAUGACCUAGAAAAGACAGAUGCAGGUUUAUACACCUGUGAUAUUGGCACUGAUGUUGCCAAGUCCAAGGUCAGCGUCCAGGAGCUGAACAUUGGCAUCACCAAACGCUUGAAGAACACAGAAAUCCAGGAGGGAGAAGAUUGCACUUUUGAGUGUAUUUUGUCCCAUGAAAGCAUUGAUGACUUCAACUGGACACUGAAUGGGAGCAAAGUGGAAAGUGGAGGGCGAUUUAAAGCCUCCAACAUGGGUCGGAAAUAUACACUUCACAUCAGAAAUGUGGUGUGUGGUGAUGCUGGGGAAGUCAUUUUCACUGCCCGUGGUCUAACCUCCAAGGCUUCUCUGGUUGUGAAAGAAAAACCUACUGAGGUUAUAAAGCAGCUGGAGGAUAAAACAUCAGCAGCAGGACAGGACAUCAGCCUGAGCUGUGAAUUGUCAAAGCCUGAUGCAACCAUCAGGUGGUACAAGGACGGCAAAGCGAUCCGAAAAAGCCAGAAGUAUGACUUGCAGCAAGAGGGCACAAGAGCCACUCUGAUCAUCCAUGAUUCCACAGUCAAGGACAGUGGGGAAUACACCUGUGAGACAGAGUUCUCUAAAACAAAAGCCAGGAUCACAGUGCAAGAAAAACCCAAUUAUUUUGUCAAGGAACUUUCAGAUCUGAAAGCUGAUGAAAGUGGAACUGCAGUUUUUAUGUGCCAGAGCGAGAGAGCUGCAUCCUCUGUGGUCUGGAGGAAAGGCAUUGCUGAACUCAGGGCUAGCAGGAAAUAUGAGAUCACACAGAAAGGACAAGUGCUCCAGCUGACCAUAAAUAACCUGGAGAAAAGUGACAGUGACACUUACACCUGUGACAUUGGUGAUGCCCAGUCCAGAGCCAAGCUUGUUGUGCAAGGCCAGAAAGUGCUAAUAACAGAAGACCUGGAAGAUGUCACUGUGUUAGAAGGAGAAUCUGCCAUGUUCAAAUGCAGAAUCUCUCCUGUAGACUAUAGCAGAGUGCAGUGGUUUUUGGAUAAAACCCCUCUCCAUACCAAUGAACUUAAUGAGAUCCAGUUUCAGCCUGGUGGAUAUCACUUGCUAACGCUGAAAAAGCUCUCACUGAAGGACUCGGGGGUCAUUACAUUUGAAGCUGGUGAUAAGAAAACAUCUGCCAGUUUGGUGGUUAAAGAAAUGCCAGUUCUUUUCAAGCAAGAGCUCCAGAAUGAAGAAGCUAAAGAAGGAAAACAAGUCAAGCUGACCUGUGAGCUCAGCAAACCUGGCACCCCAGUGAAAUGGAUGAAAGGAGACACUGUUCUCUAUGCCAGUGAGAAGUAUGAAUUCAAGCAGCAUGGUACUGUGGCAGAGCUCAUCAUUCGAGAUGUCAAGUCAGUAGAUGCUGGGGACUACACCUGCACUGCUGGGGAGCUGAAGACUACAGCUCGGGUCAAAGUAAACGCUGUACCUGUCCUCUUCAAACAAGCCCUGGAGAACACCACCACAGAAGAAGGGAAAUCUGUCUCCUUGCGCUGCGAACUCACAAAAGCUGAUGCCACUGUGGUGUGGAAGAAGGGAGAAGCCACGCUCCAGGCAAGUGCCAAAUAUGAAAUGAAGCAGAAGGGGACAGUGGCAGAGCUGGUGAUUCAUAAUGCAGAGCCAGAAGAUGCGGGAAGAUACACCUGUGACACUGGAGACCAGCAGACCUCAGCCCAAGUCAAAAUCCAUGCCGCCUCUGUGCUCAUCGAGGAAGAACUGAAGAGUGUUGAAGCUGUGGAAGGUGGGACAGCCACCCUGCAAUGCCAGCUGAGCAGAGAGGCCCCUGUAGAGUGGAGGAAGGGCCAUGCUCUUCUUCGGCCAAGUAGCAAGUACAGGAUGAGGCAGGAGGGCAAGGUGGCUGAGCUGCUGAUCCGCGAUCUGGAGCCAAAGGAUGCUGGAGACUAUACUUGUGUAGUGGGGAACCAAAAAUCCACAGCAGCCCUGGCAGUGAAUGCCCUGCCGAUCCGUUUCAAGAGGGAGCUGAAGAACGAGGAAGCCACGGAGAGCGGAACGGCCACGCUGCAGUGCGAGCUGAGCCAGGCAGGGGGCUCGCUGGAGUGGAGGAAGGAUGGGGAGGUGCUGACGCCAAGCAGCAAGUACAAAAUGAGACGGGAAGGGCGUUUCGUUGAGCUGGUUAUCCAAGACCUAGACUUAACGGAUGCUGGGAGCUAUACCUGCAUGUGUGGAGACCAGAAGACAACAGCUGCUUUGAAAGUGAAUGCCUUGCCCAUCCUCUUCCAAGAAGAACUGUUGAACAAGGAAGCUACAGAGGGUGAGGCAGUCACUUUGCACUGCAAACUGAGCAAACCGGCGCAGGUCGAGUGGAGAAAGGGGAAUAAGGUCCUCAGGCCAAGUGACAAAUACAAGAUAGAGCAGGAGGGUCCCUUUGUGGAGCUGACCAUCCAGGAUUUGGAUCUGGCAGAUGCUGGUGAUUACAGCUGUGUGUGUGGAGAUCAGCAGACUGCAGCUGCCUUGACAGUAAAUGUCCUGCCUGCUCUUUUCACCAAAGCACUGACAGAUGAAGAAGCCACAGAAGGUAAAAGUGUCUCUCUGUGCUGUGAGCUGAACAAGGCUGCUGCUAAUGUGGAGUGGAAGAAGGGGUUCAAGACCCUCAGAUCAAGUGACAAGUACAAAAUGAAACGGGAAGGAGUCACAGCUGAGCUUACAAUCCAAAAUCUAGACGUGACGGAUGCUGGGAAUUAUUCCUGCGUAUGUGGAGACCAGCAGACCACGGCAGUGCUGACAGUGCAUGCUUUGCCUGCCUUUUUCAAAGAAGGAUUGAAGAACAGAGAAGCCACAGAUGGUGGAACAGCCACUCUGCACUGUGAGCUGAGCAAGGUUGGUGUCCCAGUGGAGUGGAAAAAAGGGGACAAGACGCUCAGACCAAGCGAUAAGUACAGGAUGAGGCAAGAAGAUACUGCUGCAGAGUUGCUGAUCCGAGACCUGGAGGUAGAAGACACAGGAGAAUAUACCUGUGUGUGUGGAGACCAGAAGACCUCAGCUGUCUUGACGGUGCAUGCUUUGCCUGCACAGUUCAAAAAAGAACUUGUCAAUGUGGAAGCCACAGAGAGCGGGGCAGCUGUUCUGCAGUGUGAGCUAACUAAAACCACUCCAGUGGAGUGGAGAAAAGGGCAAAAGGUGCUCAAGCCUAGUGAGAAGUACAAAAUGAGGCUGAAGGAUACCACUGCUGAGCUGACAAUCCACAGCCUGGAGGAACAAGAUGCUGGAGAUUACACAUGUGUGUGUGGAGACAAGAUGACUACUGCAUCCCUGACAGUGCAUGCCCUUCCUCCACACUUUAUACAAGAGCUGAAGAACGUGGAAGCCACAGAAAAAGGCAUGGCCACUUUCUGCUGUGAGUUGAACAAGCCCUCAGCUACUGUUGAAUGGAGGAAAGGAGACAGAGCCCUGGAACCAAAUGACAGAUUCACCAUGAGAUGUGAGGGCACAAAUGCUGAGCUGGUGAUCCAUGAUUUAGAUCUGACAGAUGCUGGAGAUUACACAUGCUGUUAUGGAGACCAGAAAACCACUGCUGCACUAAAAGUGAAUGCCUUGCCUGCACACUUCAAGAAAGAGCUGCAGAACGAAGAAGCCUCAGAGGGUGAGACAGCCACACUACAAUGUGAGCUCUCUAGGGCUGCCUCUGUGGAGUGGAAAAAGAAACACAAAAUGCUCAAAGCAAGUGAAAAAUAUACUAUGAGACAGGAGGGUACUACAGCACAGCUGCUGAUCCAUGCUUUAGAUGUCAAGGAUGCUGGGGAGUAUACCUGUGUGUGUGGAGAUGUGAAGACCACUGCAGCACUGACAGUGCAUGCCCUUCCUGCUCUCUUCAAAGAAGAGUUAAGAAGCGAGGAAGCCACAGAAGGUGAAGCAGUGACUCUGCGCUGUGAGCUGACCAAGGCUGCAUCAGUGGAGUGGAAAAAGGGACACACAGUGCUCAGACCUAGUGAGAAAUACAAAAUGAGGCAGAAGGAUGUGAUAGCAGAUCUGGUGAUCCAUAAUGUAGAUGAGAAUGAUGCUGGUGAUUAUACCUGCGUGUGUGGGGAUAAGCAGUCCACAGCUUCCUUGGCAGUACAUGUGCUGCCUGCAUGCAUCAAGGAGAGGCUGAAGAACGAGGAGGUGACAGAAGGUCAAGCAGCCACUCUGUGCUGUGAGCUGACAAAGGUUGCUCAAGUAGAGUGGAGAAAGGGAAGCAGGCUGCUCAAAGCCAGUGACAAAUACAAAAUGAGACAGGAGGGCACGGUUGUGAAGCUGCUUAUCCAUGAUGCAGAGCUGAAAGAUGCUGGAGAAUACACUUGUGUGUGUGGAGAACAGGAGACAACAGCUGCCUUGACAGUGCAUGCCCUGCCUGCAGUUUUCAAAGAAGAACUGAAGGACCUGCAAGCUGUGGAAAGCCAAACAGCCACUCUGCACUGUGAGCUGAGCAAGGCUGCAGAUGUGUCCUGGAAGAAAGGAAAUCAAAUACUCAGGGCAAGUGGGAAGUACAUCAUGCAGCAGGCUAAUGGCCUUGCUGAGCUGGAAAUCCGAGAUCUAGAGCUGCAGGAUGCAGGAGAUUACACCUGUGUGUGUGGAGACCAACACACCACUGCUUCUCUGACAGUGAAUGCCCUGCCAGUGGUUUUCAUGGAAGAACUGAAGAAUGAGGAAGGCCAAGAAGGAGCAUCAGUCUCUCUGUGUUGUGAAUUAAGCAAAGCAGCUCCAGUGCAGUGGAAAGUAGGGUCUGAAGUGCUCAAAGCAAGUGACAAAUAUGAAAUGAGACAGCCUGCCACCACUGCAGAGCUGAUCAUUCAUGACUUAGAAGUAAAAGAUGCUGGAGAUUACACCUGUGUGUGUGGUGACCAGAAGACAACAGCAAUCUUAACAGUUCAUGCUCUGCCACCACUCUUUAAGGAAGAGCUAAAGGAUAAGGAAGCAGAAGAAGGUGGAGAUGUCACCCUGCACUGUGAGCUCAACAAAGCUGCUCCAGUGGAGUGGCAGAAGGACCAGAGGAUUCUCAAAGCAAGUGGGAAAUACAGCAUGAGGCAGGAAGGGACCAAGGCAGAGCUGGUGAUUCAUGGACUAGCUGAGGAGGAUGCAGGAGACUACACCUGUGUGUGUGGAGAGCACCAGACUACAGCUGUCUUAACAAUCCAGGCUGUGCCUCCAGUUUUCCAAGAAGAAGUGACCAGCAAGGAAGCAGUGGAAGGUGGAACAGCCACUUUGCACUGUGAGCUCAGAAAGGCCUCUGCCUAUGUUCAGUGGAAGAAAGGCAAUCAGGUCCUCACCUCGGGCAACAAGUACAGCAUGAGACAGGAAGGCUGUGCUGUGGAGCUGGUGGUUCAGGAUUUAGACUUGAGUGAUACUGGAGAUUAUACCUGUGUGUGUGGAGACAAGACCACCACAGCCACCUUAACAGUGCAUGCACUGCCUCCAGAAUUCAAGCAAGACCUAAAGGACCUGGAAGCUGUGGAAAGUGGGACAGCUGCUCUGUGCUGUGAGCUGACUAAGCCUGCUGUGGUGGAGUGGAAGAAAGGGCAGAUGGUGCUCAAAGCCAGCAGCAAAUAUAAAAUGAGUCAAGAUGGUGCUGUUGCAAAGCUGAUUAUCCAUGAGCUGGCUGUGGAGGACACUGGAGAUUACACCUGUGUGUGUGGAGAUCAGCAGACAACUGCUGCUUUGACAGUCAAUGCCCUACCAGCACUUUUCAAACAAGAACUGCAGAAUACCGAGGCAGAAGAAGGAGGUACAGCAACACUGAGGUGUGAGCUUACCAAACCCAAGGCUCCAGUAGAGUGGAGGAAAGGAGAUGUUACUCUCUACCCUGGUUUGAAAUAUGAGAUGAAGCAGCAGGGCUCCACUGCUGAGCUGGUGAUUCAUGACUUAGAGGUGGAUGACUCAGGAAGGUACACCUGCGACUCUGGCCAUCAGCAGACAACAGCUGUGGUCACCGUUCAUGCACUGCCUGUCACAUUUAAGCAGCCCCUUGAAAAUAAGGAGUCAGAGGAAGGAAGCACAGCUACAUUCUGCUGUGAGCUGUCAAAACCCAACGUUGCAGUGGAGUGGAGGAAAGGAGGAGUAGGGCUGCAACCCAGCCAAAAAUACGAAAUGAGGCAGAGGGAGUGCCUGGUAGAACUCUUCAUACAUAAUCUCAAGUUAGAAGAUACAGGAGAGUACAGCUGUGACUCUGGGGAUCAGGAAAGCAAGGCAUCUUUAAAUGUGAAAGCUCUGCCAGUUCUUUUCAAAAAGGAGCUCAAAGACGAGGAGGCAGAAGAAGGAGCCUCAGUGAAAUUCCAGUGUGAGCUGACAAAGGAUAAUGCAACAGUGGAGUGGAGGAAAGGCACCAUGGAGCUCUUCCCAUGCUCCAAAUAUGAAAUUAAACUGAGUGGCCACACAGCUGAACUUGUGAUUCAUAAGGUAGAACCAGAAGAUGCCUCUGAUUACACGUGUGACACAGGAGACCAGCAGAGCACAGCAGCCCUCAGAGUGAAUGCCAUCAAACCCCGGCUGAAGCAGCAGCUGAAGAAUGAGGAGGUGGAAGCAGGAGGCACAGCCCAGCUGCGCUGUGAGAUAUCCAUUAGCAAAGCAGAAGUGGAGUGGAGGAAGGACGGAGUCCUGCUGCACUCCAGCUCCAAGUAUGAAAUGAGGCAGGACGGCACCAUCCGUGAGCUGCGUGUCCACCACCUGGAGCCCAGUGAUGCUGGAGAGUAUUCCUGCAAGGCUGGGGAUGAGACCAGCUCUGCAAAACUGACUGUGAAAGAGCCUGACGUGAGCAUCGUGAGUGGCCUGCGGGACAUGAUGGUGUUUGAAGGGGACGAUGUCACCUUCCGGUGCCAGGUCUCUCAUGACAACGCAAGGGAUGUGGAAUGGAAGCUGCAGGAUGUUGCUCUGCAAAAUAAUGAAAUGAAUGAGAUCUCAGUGGAAAAAGGGAAGAUCCACACCCUGACCCUAAGGAAGGUGACUGAGCAGGACAACGGCACCGUCGCUUUCCGAGUGGGACCCCACACCUCAACGGCAGAGCUCACAGUGAAAGUGCCACCUCCAGUCUUUAAGGAGAAAUUACAGAGCAUAGAACUUCAGGAAGAAGAAACAGCCACCCUCUGCUGUGAAGUCUCUCAACCUAAUGCUGCAGUGAAGUGGAAGAAGGGUGCUCAGGUGAUUUCCUCGAGCUCCAAGUAUGAAAUCAGACAGGAGGGAACAAUCCAUACUUUGAAGAUUCAUCACUUAAAACCAGAAGACUCUGGCAAAUACACCUGUGACAAUGGAAAUGAACAAACAACAGCCACCUUAACUGUCAAAGCUUUGCCAGCAAUCUUCACAAAACCACUCCAGAACCAGCAAGCUGAAGAGGGUGGCACCGUCACUCUGAGCUGUGAAAUCUCAAGACCAAAUGCCAGUGUGCAGUGGAGGAAGGCUGGGACAGUGCUGCGACCAAGUGACAAGUACAAGAUGCAUCAAGCUGGGUCGGUGGCUGAGCUGACGAUUCGCAACCUGAGUGCAGCUGAUGCUGGGGAAUACAUGUGUGACACUGGGGACCAGCAAACCACUGCAGCUGUGCUUGUGAAAGAACCAGCAGCAACCAUUGUGGAGAUGCUGAAGGACGUCACUUUGUAUGAGGGAGAAGAUGCAGUGUUUGAAUGCAGGCUGUCCAAGGAAACAACUCAGGAUGCCCAGUGGUUCCUAGGAGAUGUUCCCCUACAAUCCAAUGAAAUGAAUGAGAUCAGAGUCCAAGGGGCACGUCACACUUUGAUCCUGAAGAAGGUGACAUUAGAAGACUGUGGAUCUAUCAGUUUCAAAGUGGGGCAGCACUCUUCAGUAGCACAGCUAAAGGUCCAAGCUCCUCCAGUUGCCUUUGUAAAGACACUCCACAGCUUGGAGCUAGAGGAGGGUGGCACAGCCCAUUUGUCCUGUGAGGUGUCCAAGCCUGGUGUGUCAGUGGAGUGGAAGAAAGGCACAUCUGUGAUCCACUCCAGUCACAAGUGCAGCAUCAAGCAGGAGGGGAAUGUCCACACCUUGGUCAUCCACGACUUGAACCGUGCAGACUCAGGAGAGUACAGCUGCCACACAGCUGAUGGGAAGACCACUGCCAGGCUUGAGGUGAAAGCCCUGCCUGUGCUCUUCAAACACUGGCUGAGAAACGAGGAGGUGGAGGAAGGGCGCACGGCCGUGCUGCGCUGUGAGCUGACCAAAGCCAACGUGCCGGUGGAGUGGAGGAAAGGGGACGUGGUGCUCCAGCCAAGUGACAAGUAUGAGAUCCGGCAGCAGGGGACACAGCUUGAGCUCUUCAUCUAUGAUGUGGAAGCUCAAGAUGCUGGUGACUACACCUGUGACUCAGGGGACCAGCAGACCACCGCGUCCCUGCAAGUCAAAGUACUACCUGUGCUCUUUAGUGAAGAGCUGAAAAAUGUAGAGUCUGAAGAAGGGGGCACAGCUGUCUUGCACUGUGAGAUCUCCAAACCGAACGCCCCUGUUGAGUGGAGGAAAGGAGGGGUGGUCAUUCAGCCCAGUGACAAGUACGAGCUGAAGCUGAGAGGCAACGUUGCUGAGCUGAUCAUCCAUGGUGUAGAGCCUGAUGACUGUGGGGAUUAUACCUGUAGCACUGGAUAUGAGAUCACCACAGGUUCUGUGUAUGUGCAAGAAGAAGCAGCAGUCAUAGUUUCUGGUUUAAAGAACACAGAUGUCUUCGUGGGGGAAUCUGCCACGUUCACCUGCGAGCUCUCGCACCCGGGCGUGAGGAACGUGCAGUGGUGGCUCGAUGGAUCUCCCCUGCACAACAACUUUGUGACUGAAAUCUCUGAGCAGGAUGGGAGGAUCCACACUUUAACCCUAAAGGAUGUGGCGUGCCAUGACUCAGGCACUGUCACCUUCCGAGCUGGGUCCCUCAUAUCUUCAGCUAAAUUAUUAGUCAAAGAUCCAACCAUUGAAGUGGUCAGUCCCAUGCAGGACAUAACUGUUGAUGAAGAUGGCACAGCAGAGUUCAUAUGCCAGUAUUCUAGGCCAGUGCACGCCAUAUGGAAGAAAAAUGAUCAGGAAAUACAUGCAGAUGGGCAGCGAGUGAUUAUCGAUCAGGACUGGAAUGUCAGCAUGCUAACAAUUAAAUCUACGGUCCCAGAAGACACUGGCAUCUAUUCUUGUGAAGCUGAAGGCACUAAAGUGAUGGCUACACUUGAUGUUCAAGCCAAGAACAGCAUUGUCCAGGGCUUGGAGAAUGUGGAAGCUGUGGAAGGAGGGGAAGCCCUGUUUGAGUGCUACCUUUCCAAGCCUGAGUGCUACAACUACAACUGGCUGAUUGAUGAUGAACCUGCCAAAACUACAGAGAACACUGAGAUGGUUUACUUUGAGAAUGGACUCAGGCAUAUUCUGCUGCUGAAGAACCUGACUCCCCGGGAUAGCUGCAGGGUGACUUUCAUGUGCAGUGAUGCAGUGACCUCAGCCUUCUUGACAGUGAAAGGAUGGCGCCUUCAGAUCUUGCAGCCUAUUGGAGAUGUGGAGGUCUCUCCAGGGCAGAAAGCUACAUUCAGCUGUGUUCUAAGUGAAGCUGUGCCAGUUAAUGAAGUUACCUGGUACAGCAAUGAUGUUGAGAUCCAGUCAGAUGAGGACUGGGAGGUACAAGCAGAUGGAAACAAAUACACACUUAUUCUUAAAAAAGCCCAACCACAUCAUUCUGGAGAGGUGACCUUUGCUUCCAGGGAAGCAAUUUCAUCAGCCAAGUUAUCUGUGAUAGCCCACCCUGAUCCACCUGAAGAACCAGAAGUUUUAAGUAAGACCAGUCACUCUGUAACUCUGUCUUGGUACAAGCCGUUGAGCGACGGCGGUUCUAACAUCCUAGGCUACAACGUGGAGAGGAAAAUCCCAGGUCUUGGCUGGCAGUCCUGCAGCAAGGGCAUUAUUCCAAAUAUGGAGUUUGUGGUGGACAAUCUCAGCCCAGGUGAACCCUACAGAUUUCGAGUCUCGGCUGUAAACAAAGUGGGGGCCAGCGAGGCAGUGCACUUCCCUCAGAUGGUGCUGCUAGAGCCCUCAGUUACAGUCAGCAGUCCCUUGGUGGGAGGAUCAGUCACAGAGGGGGAGGUGGCUCGCUUGGAGUGCAUCUUGUCAAGUGAAACUGAAGAGGGAGUGACAUGGUUCAAAGGAAAAGAGCAAAUAAAAGCUGGAGGGAGAUAUGAGAUCCAGUCUGAUGGAACAAAGCAGAUACUCAUUAUUCAUGCCUUUAAACCUGAAGAUCAGGACACAUACACCUGCAUGGUUUCUCCUGAAGUGAAAUCUGUUGCCACCUUGUCUCUUGAAGUUCCCACAGCAGCAAUGCUAAAGGAGAUUGCCAGGGAAGCACCUGCUGCAAGCCAACCAGAAGAGAUGGUGGAUAGCCAUGUCCAGCCCAGCUUACCCCCUGAAGCUGCUCAGGAGGGAGACCUUCACCUCCUGUGGGAAGCCCUGGCCAAGAAACGCCGGAUGAGCAGAGAGCCUACCUUGGAUUCCAUCAGCGAACUGCCUGAAGAGGAUGAGAAGCUUCAGAAGCUGAGGAAGGAGGAAGCAGAGAUGUCUCAUUAUUACUCAGAGGAGUACUCAACGUGUGAUGAGCUGGCUAGGACAGGAGAAGCAGAUUUGUCUUUCACAAGCUCAGAUGAUGAGUCUAGAGCUGGGACUCCUUCACUUGUAAACUACCUCAAGAAAGCUGGGAAGAAAAGUAUCAGUGUGACUAGCAAGGUUCAGUCAGGCAAACUAUGGAAGCAGUGGGAGAAGUCCACCGUGGAGACUGUUGUGGCUGCCCCAGCUGCUAAGCCAGCUGCCCCAGAACUGCCAGAUUUAGAUGACCCUUCCAUGAACAAGGCUGCUGUGAAGAUCCAAGCUGCAUUCAAAGGCUACAAAGUCAGGAAGGAGAUCAAGCAGCAGGAGUGCCCGGUGUUUACUGAGACCUUCAAAGACUUCUCUGGGGAGCCUGGAAGCACUCUCCACCUCGAGUGUGUGGCGCACAGCAAAAGCGACAUGAACGUGCGCUGGCUGAAAGACGGGGAGGAGCUCUCGGAUGGGCGCUACUAUCACAUAGACAGCUACAACGACGGGACCUGCUCGCUGAUCAUCACUGGUCUGGACAAGAAAGACGCAGGCAGAUACACCUGCGAGGCCUCCAAUAAGUUUGGCAAGGUUUCACACAGCGCUAAGGUGGUCGUCGGUGCUCAGGAAGCUCAAGCUCUUCGUAAGGAGAAGCAGGUGAAACAAAGCACCGACAGCGAGACCGAGAGCUCCUCUGGGAGCGAGCUGGAUGAUGCUUUCCGUAGAGCAGGAAGGAGGCUUCACAGACUCUUCAGGGCCCAGAUCUCAACACAGAUCUCCGACGUGGAGGAAGAGCUCUUUGUCAGUGCAGAUGAAGGGGACAUAGAGGUGGUAGACCACCAGACGUACCGUGAGGACGACCAGUACAUCUACAUCAAGUUUGAGGUCUUGGCUGAGGCGGAAAGCGCUGCCACGCGAUUCAGAGAGAUGUUUGGUGCUCUGGGGAUCCCUGUGGAGAUCGACAUUUUGGAGCAAGGCCCUAAAAAAACAGAGCUGCGCAUUGGGAAAGCGACGCCAGCCACCCACGGGAAGUUUGCACCAUCACUGGUGAGGCCUCCACCCCCUCUGCUGACCUCUGAUACAGCUCCCAUGUUCAUGACUGAGCUCCAAAACCAAGAGGUACAGGACGGCUACCCAGUCAGCUUUGACUGCUUCGUGGUUGGCAAACCUCUCCCCACGGUUCGCUGGUUCAAGGAUGGAAAAGCCAUUGAAGAAAAUGAUCAUUACAUGAUCAAUGAGGACCAGGAAGGCUGCCACCAGCUGAUCAUCACAGCUGUGGUCCCCACUGACAUGGGUGUUUACCGCUGCCUCGCUGAAAACAGCAUGGGAGUCGCUUCAACCAAGGCUGAGCUACGAGUGGACUUGACCAGCACUGACUAUGAGACAGCAGCAGAUGCAACAGAGACAUCUUCUUACUACAGUGCCAAAGGAUAUAUUUCAAGCCGAGAACAGGAGGAAUCUGCCUUUGAGGAGGAGCAAUUGCCCCAGAUAUUUGAUGAGCUUCAUGACAUUCAUGUGGCACCUGGAGCAUCUCUGGCUAAAUUUCACCUCAAAGUGAAAGGGUACCCACAGCCUCGUCUCUAUUGGUUCAAGAAUGGGCAGCCCUUGAAGCCCUCAGAUCGCAUCCUGAAGACUGACAAACGAGAGUUCCACUCCCUGGAGAUCCGUGACGUCACGAAGGCAGAUGCUGGCCAGUACUCAACCUUUGUCAUCAACAAUGCUGGUUCUGCAUACUCAUCAGCCAGACUGGUAGUCAAAGAUCCUCAUGAGAAAGAAGAGCCUUCAGACACAGAUUCCCGUGAGCAGCUAAUUCCACCAAGGUUCUUAGAAAGAUUUACUAACAAAAAGGUGAAAAAAGGUGCCAGCAUCACAUUAUCUGUAAAAGUGGAAGGACAUCCACCACCAGAAAUUACUUGGCUGAAAGAAGAGUCUCGAGAAGGCAUCCUGUGGAUCAAACCAGAAACUCCUGGGUAUAAACUUGCCAGUUCAAAUAUGCAUCACAGUCUGAUCCUGCUGGAUGUUAAAAAGAAGUACAGUGGAGCUUACACCUGCAUUGCCACCAACAAGGCUGGCCAGUCCAUCUGCACUGCCACCCUGGAGGUUGCUGAUGUGAAAGAGGCUGCAGUUCUGACCCAGGAGCGUGUGAUGGUGUCAGAAGCCAUCAUGACCACACUGGGGUAAGUGCACCCUGCAGAAGUUCCCACGGGAGACCUUGAAGCUGGUGUACCCAAAACCCCUAUUUCAUUAGCUGAUGUAGGCUCAGAGGAGUUCUUCCAGAAGCUCACCUCUCGUAUCUCAGAAAUGGUAUCUGCAAAAAUAAGUCAGGCUACACUUCGAGUGCCAGGUGCAGAGAGUGAUGAUGAAUCAAAAACUCCCUCUGCAUCUCCUCGCCAUGGACGAUCCAGACCUUCAUCCAUUGCUCAGGAGUCCUCCUCUGAAUCUGAAGAUGGGGAUUCCAGAGGAGAGAUCUUUGAUGUCUACAUGGUCACAGCUGACUACGUGCCUGCUGCUCCUGACAAGGAGGCCAUUGCUUUGAAGGAAGGGCAAUAUGUGGAAGUUCUUGACUCAGCUCAUCCUCUGAAGUGGCUGGUCAGGACCAAACCCACAAAAUCCAGCCCCUCUCGACAGGGCUGGGUAUCUCCAGCUUAUCUGGAUAAGAAAUUAAAGUUGUCACCAGAGUGGGGAACAAUAGAAGCUCCUGAGUUCCCUGGAGAGUUUGUUUCUGAGGAUGAGUAUAAAAGGAAGCUAAGUGUUCUUAUUCAAGAGCUGUUGAUCUCAGAAGAGGAUUACAUUCAAGAUCUACUGUUCCUCCAGAAUCAUCACCUGAAGUUCACUGAGACCUGUCCCAACGUACCAGGAGCUGUUGCCAGCCAGAAAUCCACCAUCUUCAGAAAUGUUGAUGACAUUGCUUGCUUCCAUUCCAGUGUCUUCCUCCGAGGCUUGCAGAAAUGUGACACUGAUGAUGAUGUGGCCAUGUGCUUUAUCAAGCAUGAAGCAGAGUUUAAUAAGUACAUCCAGUACCUGGUGGGAAGGGUGCAGGCUGAGUCAAUUGUUGUCAGCAAAGCAGUCCAGGAUUUCUACAAGAGAUACACAGAUGAGUUUUUAAGUAGUGAAGAUCCUUCACAGCCACUUAUCCCACCACUGCAGCACUACCUGGAAAAACCCAUAAACAGGAUCCAGCAGUACCAGACUAUCAUCAAGGAAUUGAUCAGAAACAAAGCAAGAAAUAGCCAAAACUGCACUUUGCUGGAGCAGGCUUAUGCCAUUGUGUCUGCACUCACCCGAAGAGCAGAAAACAACCUUCAUGUCUCACUCAUUGAGAACUACCCAGGGACCCUGGAGAGCCUUGGUGAACCCAUCCGACAGGGCCACUUCAUUGUGUGGGAAGGAGCUCCAGGAGCUAGAAUGGCAUGGAAAGGACACAAAAGACAUGUCUUCCUCUUCAAAAAUUAUAUUGUGAUCUGCAAACCAAAGAGAGACACAAAGACAGACACCUACAGUUACAUCUUCAAGAACAUCAUGAAGCUGAACAACAUAGAUGUGAACGAGCUGGUGGAAGGGGACGACCGAGCCUUUGAGAUCUGGCACGAGAGGGAAGACCUGGUCCGCAAGUACCUCCUGCAGGCACGCACGGUCAACAUCAAGAACUCCUGGGUGAAGGACAUCUGUGGCAUACAGCAGCGCAUCACUGAGCCCCUCUGGAUACCUCCAGACUUUGAGGAAGAACUGGCAGACUGCACGGCUGAGCUGGGAGAGACAGUCAAGCUGGCUUGCAAAGUCACAGGAGCUCCCAAGCCAUCUGUCAGCUGGUACAAAGAUGGAAAGCCUGUGGAGGUGGAUCCCCAUCACAUUAUAAUAGAAGAUCCAGAUGGCUCCUGCACAUUGAUCUUGGACAACCUAACAGGCAUUGACUCAGGACAGUACAUGUGCUUUGCUUGCAGUCCUGCUGGAAAUGCCAGUACCUUAGGAAAGAUCCUUGUUCAAGUGCCACCAAGGUUUGUGAACAAGGUUAGAAAUGCUUAUUUUGUGGAGGGUGAAGAUGCUCAGUUUACCUGCACUAUUGAAGGAGCACCAAGGCCUCAGAUCAGAUGGUACAAAGAUGGUGUACUCUUGACAGACACCAGUAAAUACCAGACUUUCAGUGAACCACGGAGUGGCAUAAUAGUCCUGGUGGUCAAGAACCCUUCCAAUGAAGACAUGGGACACUAUGAAUGUGAGCUGAUGAACAGAUUAGGGGCUGCAAAAUGUGGAGCAGAACUUUAUCACCACACUGCUGCAGCCCUGACCCAAGAGAGGAGAGGAGACCAAGCCAUUACAAUUGAAGGAAUGAGUCCCUCACAGUCAGAGAUGGAGACUUCUGUCCAGGCCUCGCUUCAGCGUGCUGAUAAGGAGAUCAAGACAGCUCUAAGGAAGCUUCUGGACUCAGCAUCACUGCUGGUGACUCUUCCCCCAGGCAUGCAAGGAGGAGAUGAUGGCCUUGGCCUCCCUGGGUCCAUUCCUUCAGACCACUCAGAAAGAGCAGCCAGGUCCUCUGUGCUAGUUCAUGAAGCCAGUACCCAAACCCAGACUGCUGGAGGGCAUGACAAGGCACAAAGGCAGAUUCCAGAUGAAGAACCAAGUGUGCCAAGAGCCAGCCCCAGUCUUUCCCAUGAAGAAAGAGCAGCUGGAGAUGGAAGCACUCCAGAGCACACUGUUCCUACUACCAGGACAUCACCAGCCUCAGGGGCAGGAGACUGGUACAGAAGAGAAGGAGAUGUGGUCUGGGAUGUACACAGUGAAGUUUAUAUUGAGACUACAGAAAGAACUCGUGUGUAUAAGACUGAAGAGAAGACCCCAACAAGUCCCCCCUACAUGCAAGUGACGAUAGAGGACGUGCAGGUGAAUUCUGGGGAGUGUGCCAAGUUUCAGGCAGUCAUUGAAGGAACCCCUCAGCCAACUGUUUUGUGGUUUAAGGGCACUUCAUUGCUGACAGACAGCAACAGGGUCCAUCAAGGGAAGGAAGGAACAACAUAUUUCUUAGCUGUGGACAAUGCUGUCUCAGAAGAUGGUGGUGUCUAUACCUGUGUUGCCAAAAAUGCAGGAGGGGAGGUUUUGUGCAAAGCAGAGCUCGUUGUGCAUGAAGCCAAGAAAGACCAAGAGGCAAAGAAAGUGGCCACCAGGAGAAAGCUUCAUUCCCUGUAUGAGGUUAAGCAGGAAAUUGGAAGGGGCUGCUUCAGCUUUGUGAAACGAGUUGUACACAAAGGGAACCGAGUGUCUUGUGCUGCCAAAUUCAUUCCUCUACGGAGCAAAACAAAGGCUCGAGCACAUCAGGAGAGAGACAUUCUUGCCUCCCUGUCCCACGACAGAAUCACCAGGCUCUUGGACCACUUUGAAACAAGGAAAACACUCAUUUUGAUUCUGGAGUUGUGCUCCAACGAAGAGCUCCUGGACCGCUUGUUCAAGAGGAGUGUGGUGACUGAAGCGGAGGUCAAGUUGUAUAUCAAGCAGAUAUUGGAAGGGAUCAAAUAUCUUCAUGACAACAACAUCCUUCAUUUGGAUAUUAAGCCACUGAAUAUCCUCAUGGUUUAUCCUGAAAGGGAAGAUCUUAAGCUCUGUGACUUUGGAUUUGCUCAGAAGAUCACCCCCUUUGAGCCUCAGUACAGCAAAUAUGGGUCUCCAGAGUUUGUUGCCCCGGAAAUUGUUUCUCUGUCACCAGUGUCAAAAGCCACUGAUAUCUGGGCUGUUGGAGUCAUCACAUAUUUAAGCCUCACCUGCAAGUCUCCAUUUGCUGGGGAGAAUGACAGAGGAACCCUUCUCAAUAUCCAGAAGGGGGAAAUUUCCUGGACCAUUCCUGAUGUUGUUCACUUGAGUGCAGAUGCAAAGGACUUCAUGCAAGGGAUCCUACAGCAGAACCCCAAAGACAGGCCCAGUGCUUUGGAUUGUCUGUCCCACAAGUGGUUCAUGCAUAAUGUCCCCCUUGAAGCAGCUCAUUUCAUUAAUACCAAGCAGCUCAAAUUCAUUGUGGCUCGGAGCAAGUGGCAGCGCUCUCUGAUGUGCUACAAAUCCAUCCUGGUGAUGAGGUCUAUCCCAGAAAUCCUAGAAAGGACUCAUGACAACACCUCUCUGGCCAUCUCCCGCCACCUCAUUGAAGAGAGCACUUCCUCCAGCACCAGUGGCUCCUCUUCAGACAAUGAGAACUCUCACUUCCCCACGAAGAGGCACUUUGGCUCCACACCUGAACUGCAUUUGUCUGUAUUUGAUGCACCAAGCCAUCAGAAGCCUCCGAAACAUGCAAGUGAAGAGAAGCCCUCCAAAAUCCCAGUCCCUCCAGUAAAACCCAUGAGGAGGAAGUAUGCUGCAGUGAAAGCUGAGGGGGGGGACAAAUCACCUACAGAAACCAAAGAGCUCAUGGAAAGAAUCUUAAAGGAGAAGGAGGAGGAACUCCAUCCCAGAGCUAGAGAUGAAAGAGCAGAGCAGUCCCAAAGAAGCAGUGCUGCUGAGCCUUCCACAGAGAGCACAUCACACCUGUGCCAGGAAGGAAAACCAGGCACAGCUGUGUCUGACAAGGACAGAACUGAGAUGUCUGGGGAUGGGACAGAAAAGCCACCUGUCUUUGUCCCUAGACAGAGUGUCAUUAAAAGCACUUUCUACAGCCAAGCAGCUGAGAUCCCUGCAAAAGGCCCUUCCUCACCAGGCAGGGAGUUCAGAAGGCACUUGGACAGAGCCAGAAGGACCUUCCGGAAAGCUGGAUAUUCAAAGGUGCCUCUCAGUGGUCUCCGUGAGCCCCUCCUGGAGCAGUUUGAACUGGAAGAAGAAGAAGAAGGAAAGUCUGGUGAUGAUCACAGGGAAGCUCUGCUUGGUUCCUUGACCAAAUCAGCUUCAUUUGACACUGCAAGGAAACCACCACACCCUGCCAUCACUGGUGCCACCCGGAGCCGUUCCCUGGAUGACUACAGGCUGAGAGCCUCAAGGUCGUUGAUGGAACAAGACAUUUUGGAAGAAGACUCUGAUAUUUUGUCACAGGAAAGCUGCCCUGAAGGCAGUGAGCACUGUGACAGCUCUGCAGGGCCUGGCAAGGGAUGUUCUGUAGACACUUCAAAGCAGGAGGACUUUAGGAAAGUCAGCAAGGAUUGUUCAGAAGAGCAGUGCUCUCCUUCCACACAGUGUGGGGGUAAUGGGUGCCCAGCUGCUCUUGUGCAGCAUCUAGAGAGAAUUCCAGUGUCACCUCACAGGAGUGAGAACAGGAAACCUUUACUGAAGAAGUCAAAAGCUACUUACAUUGAGGACGAAGCUGAAGAUGUGGAUGGCAAAAGCCCCAUUCCAACUGCCCAGUGCUCAGAUGUGACUGCAUCAUCACCUCAAAAACCUGCAAGCAUGGAGGGUCAAUGGUCUCCUGGCAGUGCCUCUGACACUGCUUCUCAGGAAGGCAAACAUUCCAUUCCAGCUUCCACACAGCCACAGACCACCUCCAAGUCAGCCCCUGCAAGUAAGGGAGGUGUGUGUCUGCCCCAGGAGUCUGCUCACAGCACUGACACCCAGCCAGAUCUAAAAGGUGGAAACUUACUGAUCAAAAGACCAGCCCCAGUUCCACCUUGGAAAGACAAAAGGCAGAAACAUUCACAUGAGAAAACUUCUGCUCAAAGGGCUGCCAAAUCAGACCUCAUGGAGCAUGGAAGCUCUAUUUUAAGAGGUCCCCAAACAGAAACUGAUUCACUUCCCCCAUGCACAGAUAAAAGUCAGGAACUUCCUGGUCAAAGUGCUCCAGCAACUGCUGUCUCAGUGGGCAAACAGCCAGUUACUCUAACUUCUCUGCAUACAGCUGAUGAAGAUGCUCAGCAGAAGAUGAAGACCUACAAAGAGGUGAGAUCUGCUCUCCUAGAGGAUGGAGGACCGAGCGCUACAGGAAUUGCUCCAUCAUCAGCUCAUGUUGGUGGAAGCCAAGCACAGAAGGCGGCUUCUGUUCACACAGACACAGCAUCAGCCACCCCAAAGGGAGAGCAUCUCAUUGUUCCACAAGCCCCACCACCAAGAUCCAUGCUGACUUUGGUCUCUGCUGGAGCACAGCAGGCUGGAAGGGAGCAGCCAGCUCACAGCAAGGAGAGGCUUGCUGCUCUGAGCAGUAGAAGCUCGGCUGUCACACAGGUUGUUCCCAGUCUGGCCCAGGAGGCUGAAAUCAAGGCAGCUGAGCCCCAGAAGGUGUCUAAAGGCAGUGGUAGGGAUUCUUCUGCUGAUCUGGAGGGCAAGCCUCCAGGUGUCCUAACUGCUUCACAAGAAAAAGGUUCUCCAGCUUCCAUGUAUGAGCUAGAGCAAGAGGAAUGUGCUGAGGUUUAUGGUGGGGGAAGAGAAGUUGCCUUAGAAAGAGGGAGCUGUGCUGCUGGAGAAACUGUCUCACCCCCACUGCGCAGGGCUCGACGACAGGAGGUCUCACAGCACAGGUCUUCUUUUUACAGUGAUGAGGAGUCUGCUGUGCUGGAGGGCUUAGUGGAUGAGAUGGUUUCUCUCUCUGAAGAGAUGAAUGUCUGGGCAGAGUCAGUUUCUGGUGAGGAGGGAUGCAGAAAGCACAUCUCUCCUCCCACAGAGGUGUUCUACAAAGGCCCAGGUAGCCAAGAAUCCAUGGGCACCUCGUUCCCUUCUAUACAAGGAGGCAAAAGAGGAGAAGUCUCUGAGCUGGAUGACCUUGCAGAACCCCACCUUGUUGUGAGUGAGGAGUCAGGGGUAGUGGAAGGGCAGAUGGCUCCUCAGGAAUGUGAGCAUCUGGAAGACUUAGCGUUUGAGAGCUGUGUUUCAAGUAUUUCCUCCACUGAGAGCUUGGACACUGGGAAAAGAGCCAGCCAGAGGUCAGUGGGCAAGGACACUGGCAAACACCCAGAGGUUUCUUUGGUGAAAAUCAAAGACCUGUCAGAUGAAACUCCCAGCCCUGGCAGUGGAACUCCCAAAUUUGACAUCUCAGAGGUGGAGCCUGCCUACAUGAACUUCUCUGACUUGUAUGACAUUGUCUACUUCCCCUUCGAAUUUAUGAGCUACAGGAAGCCUCAACCCAAACCAACUGGGAGAAGGUUUGUACCUUUCAGUGAAAGGGCAAGGUCACCUCCUGCAGGACAUCUGCACAAGGAUAAAAGGCUGUGCAUCAGAGAAGAGGCAGGAGACAAGAACAGGAAGAACCAGUUGGAAAUAUCUGAGGAUUCAAAAGCAGCUAACUUAUUGGCCACGGGGAGAGGGUCAGAGGGUCACAGAGCAAUGUAUGGCCCCCAAAAGGACUCCAGUGGGAAGCAGAAAAGCUCCAUCCACAAGCCAGGACUCUUUAAGCCAUAUGCAAGGUCUAACUCAAUGGAGCAGUCAGUGGAGCAGAGUCUGAAGAAAAAAGUAAAAGCUUCUGUUGCCCAUAUUUCAAGAAUCCUGAAAGGAAAGAUCUCUCCUGAGCCAGAGGCAGAGGAAGAGUUUGGUGAGCUGGGAAGUGACACGACAGAAAAGGAGCUGUUAAUAGGGGCUGAAGGGUCUCUGAAGAAGAAAUCAGCCCUCUCUUCCUUCAAGUUACCAAGCCUCAUCCCAAAGGAGAAAGCACCUUCAUUCGUUGAGGAGCUCAUUGACCAGGCUGCUACUGUGGGACAGUGCGUGACGCUGUCGUGCCGGACUGCAGCUCACUCCUCCCUGCACGUUGACUGGUUCAGAGAUGGGAUCCCUGUCCAGAGCAGCAGCCGGAUCCUCAUCUCGGCCACGCUCAAGAACUUUCAGCUGUUAACUAUUCUCUCUGUUACUGCUGAUGACUUUGGCAUCUACACUUGUGUGGCCACAAACUCCCUGGGCUCAGCAUCCACCUCUUGCAUCAUAAGAAAAGCAGAGGUUCCUCCCAGCCCUCCACCCCCUGACAUUGUGGAUGUCUAUGAGGAUGGAGUACAACUGGUCUGGAAACCUGUGGAAACCAACAUUCCCAUCCAUUACACUGUCCAGUGCAAGAGUGAAGAUGGGGAGUGGAGCACUCUUGCUUCUGACAUUGCUGACUGCUGCUACUAUGCCAAAAACCUCUCCAAGGGGUUUGUCUACUGCUUCAGGAUAGCCUGCACCAGCAAAGCAGGAAUGGGCCCUUACAGCCACCCAUCUGCCACAGUGAAAAUCACUGGGAAGGAUCAAAUGGAGCUUACUGCUGCAAUACAGAGCUCUCCAUCAGCUGCUGCUGAAGAAGACAGCGAAGUAAUUGCCCCAUCUGAGCCUUUCCCAACCUACCAGACCUAUGCCUUCCAAACAGAGAUCAAAAGGGGACGUUUCAGCAUUGUCCGACAGUGCAGGGAAAAAGUAAGCGGCAAGGCUUUGGCUGCUAAAAUUAUCCCUUACUGGCAAGAGGACAAGCAGACCGUGCUCCUGGAGUACCAAGUCCUGAGGAAGCUUCACCACACAAACAUAGCUCAGCUGAAGGGAGCCUACAUCAGCCCACGGCACUUAGUGCUGAUCCAGGAGAUGUGUGUGGGACCGGAGCUGCUCCACUCCUUGGCAUGCCGGACAUCGUAUUCAGAAGUGGAAGUCCGAGAUUACCUGUGGCAGAUCCUCAGUGCCAUUGAGUACCUCCAUGCACACAACAUCCUGCACUUGGAUCUCAGGUCUGAAAACAUGAUCAUCACUGAGCCCAACCUGCUGAAACUCCUGGAUUUUGGCAAUGCACAGUUCUACACACAAGACAAAGUCAUUACCAUGGACAAGUGCAUGGACUAUGUUGAAACCAUGGCUCCAGAACUGCUGACAGAGCAAGGAGCCCUCCCACAGACUGAUAUCUGGUCUGUUGGAAUCACAGCCUUCAUCAUGUUGAGUGCCAACUACCCUGUCAGCUCAGAGGUACCCUGUGAGUUCCUGAGGACGGCCAGGAAGGGCAAAGUGAAGCUCACGCGGUGCUACGCAGGUCUGUCUGGGGGAGCAGUGUCCUUCCUGCAGAGCACACUGUGUGCUAACCCCUGGGGAAGGCCAUCAGCCUCAGAGUGCCUUCAGAGCCCAUGGCUCCAGGAGACAGGCUUGGACAAUAGGCAGCAAGCACUGGUCACCUUCCCUACCACAAAACUAAGGAAUUUCCUCACUGACCGGGAAAAGAAAAGGGGCCUGCUGUGCUCCAAGUACGGCCUCAUGGUUGCACAGUGA